AUGGCCAUGGACUCAGGUCAUAACAACCAUCAUCAUCACCAAGAAGUCGACAACAACAACGACGACGAUAGAGACAACUUGAGUGGAGACGACCACGAGCCACGUGAAGGAGCCGUAGAAGCCCCCACGCGCCGUCCACGUGGACGCCCUGCUGGUUCUAAGAACAAACCAAAGCCACCGAUCUUCGUCACGCGCGAUUCCCCGAAUGCUCUGAAGAGCCAUGUCAUGGAGAUCGCUAGUGGGACUGACGUCAUCGAAACCCUAGCUACUUUCGCCAGGCGGCGUCAACGUGGCAUCUGCAUCUUAAGUGGAAACGGCACUGUGGCUAACGUCACCCUCCGUCAACCAUCGACGGCUACGGUUGCCGCAGCUCCUGGUGGUGCGGCGGUUUUGGCUUUGCAAGGGAGGUUUGAGAUUCUUUCUUUGACCGGUUCUUUCUUGCCAGGACCGGCUCCACCUGGUUCCACCGGUUUAACAAUUUACUUAGCCGGUGGUCAAGGUCAGGUUGUUGGAGGAAGCGUGGUUGGCCCAUUGAUGGCGGCUGGUCCAGUGAUGCUGAUCGCGGCCACGUUCUCUAACGCUACUUACGAGAGAUUGCCU